AGUUAUAUUUUGUUGUUGCACUUGGCAAUAUUAAUCAGCUGGCACGUUUUGUGGUUUUGUUGUAUCGAUAACAAAAAUUAAAAAUACAUAUACAAAUUAUGCAUUUGACUAUACAAAAAAAGAAAAAAUUUGCUAAAAUUUCAAAGAAUUUUGAGUAAGCUAUAAAACUUAAAGUUUUAUAGUACAAAGAAGAUAUAUAGAAAAUAAUCUCAAUUAAACCUCCGAUAAAAGAUGAAUUUACAGGCUUUAUUUAGAGAUUUUAAUCCCAGCAAAUUCAUUGUACACUGCAGUUUAUUUACAUUUGUUACCUUAUUCGCACUUAGAUUAGAUAGUUAUAUAGAUUGGCCUUGGUGGGCUGUCUUUACACCGCUUUGGAUAUGGAAAAGUAUAGCGGCUUUGGGAGCCACUGUAGGAGCGAUUGUAUGGUGCCGUUAUCCACAUUACAGACUCGAAGGUGAUUCCUAUACACAGUUCAAAGCAAUGUUAAUAUCAUUGUCUUUGCAUUUGAUCUUACUCAUGUUUGAAUUAUUGGCUUGCGAUAAUUUAACAUCAAAACGUCAUCUAUGGGUAUUAGUAUUCAUACCAUUGAUUUUUGGUUCAGUGGCUAGCGUGGGUGCUUGUGUAUGGGCUGUUAAACAUGAUCGUUCCUUUGAAUUGGAGUUAUUUUUAGCCGUAAAUGCUCUACAAUUUGUAUCACUUCCGCUAAAAUUGGAUCAAUUUGUUGUCUGGAAUUGGGAAGUAGUCUUCGUACCUAUGUGGAUUGUCAUCUGCUUGAGUUUAGUUAGUGUUUUAUAUAACAUAAUAUUCUGCGGAAUAAUGAUGCGUACACCAGAAAUUUCAUUGCAACAAAAGAAGGCUGCUUUAAACGCAGCCGUGGGUAAUGUUUGUACAGUACUGCCUUUAUUAUUUUUUCAGGUGGUUAUAUGCGAUAAACUUGAAGGUGACCUGAAAUUUCCCUAUAUACUCAUAUUCUCACCCUUGCUGGUGUCCAUAUUUGCGCUGAUCGUUUUGAGUUUCAGCGCAAAGGGAGGCAAUAAAUGGUGGUUUGGGAUUCGUAAAUCAUUCAGUCAAUUUUUACUUUCUGCAAUGCCAUUUCUGCAGGAAUACGGCAAUAUAUCAUAUCAUGCCGACCAUAACAAUGCAGCACAAUCACAACCUUUGGACGGUUCUUCAAGUACCGUUCAUAUGGACGACUUUGAAAAACAUGACAAAAAAAGUAAAAAAUCAGCAAAAAAUGAUUGCAUGAAACCGGUGGUACCCAUUAUAAGUAUAGAUUUACCGGACUAAGAAGGCAAAGUCAUAAAUAUAUCAAAACAUACUAUUACAUUUACGAAAUAACAAAUAGAUAUAUAUAAAGGCAUUGUGUCUGUGUGCAUCAAAAAUGCGAAUUUUAUGUUCUUUAUUUUAGUCCUUUUUUCAAGCAAUUUGAAAACUGAAAUCAUGUUCCAUUACUACGUAAACAACAAAGCUGUAUUAGAAAAAAACUUAGAAAAUUGGUAAAAGAAGAAAUUUCUUAUAAUAAAAACGUGAAAAAUGUAUCGUGCAUUACUAUCCAUUCGCAGAUUCACUGGUAGAAAGAGGUAAGGAGAGGCUGCAUAAAAGUCUUUACAUCUUAGAGAGGUGCAGUCCGACUCACUAUAUGGGAAUAGGAUUAAAUUACGUAAAAUACAUAAAGUUAAUAAUUUUAAUGGAUCUACUUAACUUUUAUAA